GAUGAGAGAGAAAUAUACGGUACCGGCUCAGCAUUUUUCGCUCUCAUCAAAACGUUAUUUUAAACGCAAACGCAAAUACCGGCUCAGCAGCGUUCUCACCAAUGUAUAUUCGCCGCCGGCUUCUCUUGUGUCUCUGUGUAAAUAUCAGAACAGAAUCCGUCACGCUCCUUCUCCUUUCUCUUGCCCAAAAUUUCAGUUCUCUCUCUACCCUGUUACUUUUUUUGCCUUUUGGAGGGGUUUUUAUCAGGAGGGAUUGGCCGCUGAUUCGUUAACUUAAUAAAGAAAAGAAGAAGAAAAAACACUCCUUUUGUCUUUCUAGCUAGGUGAAUGAGAGAGACAUGGAGGAGACUAUAAAGAUAUGUGAUUUAUCCGACGAUUUGCUAUUGCGGAUCUUAAUCCUCGUCCCGGCAAAAGAUGCGGUGGCCACUGCCAUCUUGUCUAAACGAUGGCGUUACAUCUGGCAGUUGCUGCCUCACCUCACCUUCGAAGAAGAAGACAGCGAGAGCUUUGGUUGGUUUGUUGACAAGACAAUGCAACUCCACAAGGCACCGUCACUAAUAUGCCUGGACGUCGAACUGGGUCCACUAUGUCCUGUUGACGUAGAUGUAACAAAGUGGGUUGACAAGGCAGUUAACCACAACGUGAGAUAUUUAGAUUUCGCUCUCCUCUGGGAAGGAGAGCCCACAAGCUUCCCUAAAAGCCUUUACACAUGCCGCACGCUCAUUUCUUUAACUCUGUCCAACCAGAUCCUCGUCGAUGUCUCUUUCCCGGAUGCUAGCCUGCCAUCUCUUUUAUAUCUGAAACUUGUCAAGGUGGUGUACAAAGACGAAGAUUCUCUUGCUAGGCUUUUAUCAUGUUCCCCUGUUCUCCGCGAGCUGGAUGUUCAACGACGUGAUGAGGAUGAAAAUUUGACCAACUUUACCGUCAAAGUGCCUUCAUUGAAAGAAUUUACUUAUGGUAGGUUCAGAUGGGGCAGUGAUAGGUUGAGAUGGGGCAGUUAUCAGACUGGGGGGUCGUCGUUGGUGAUAGAUUGCCCUGCACUAACAUAUUUAAGGAUAUAUGACGAUUGGGGAUACUAUUCUAGUUUGAUGGAGAAUAUGCUUUGCCUUGAUGAGGUAUACAUCAGCCAUGUUCCUAACCCUGAUGGAAAGUUUCUGAGCUGUCUUUCUUCUGCCAGACUUCUCCGCUUGUAUUUAUCCGAAUCAAUGGUUGCCUGUUGUAGUAACGCCAUUAAUUUCUCUCGCCUCAUAGAUUUAAUCUUUGUUACAAACAAGCCAGUACAUUGGUUGGAACCUCUUAUUUUUAUGCUUCAAAACUCCCCUAAACUGAAAAUUCUUACCAUCGACACCCAUGGUUCUCCCACAUGUUCGUGGAACCAGCCCAGUACUAUUCCCCAAUGCUUAUCGUCUCAUCUAGAGAUUGUUAGGUGGAAAAGAUAUCAAGGAAAAGAAGAAGAUGAGAAACAACUAAUGACAUACAUUCUCGCUAACUCCAAGUGUUUAAAGACGGUCAAGAUCUUCAGCGACGAUCUUCAAGAGUGCCAGAUAAAGGAGUUAGAAUCUAUGCCUAGGAUUUCAGCAUCAUCUCAGCUUCUUUAUUCUAACGCUAAAGCCGAGUGGGAUUUUUAGCUUGGCAAAUUAAAACAGACGCAUUGGAGAGGGAUGUUUUAAAAAUACAUAUCUAAAUUAAAAUAUGUUUGUCUUAA